CUUGGUGAGACGAACAGAGUGGUCCAGUUGGUCUAUGAGUGAGAGACGAUGAAGUUGUUGACUGAACUUCCAAGUUCCCUUUUUUCUAUGUUGAAAAAGUGGAACUUAGCAAAAAUGAAAGUCACAUCAAGAUUUCCUGUAAAAGCCUCAUUACCUCAUAGAGAAAAUAGAACACACUGCACGGAAGACACAAGUUUGGGACUUUCAUUUCUUUACUGUACAUGAUUGCUGAAUUGUUCACUGUUCAAACAGCAAUUGUUUUAUAGUAUAGUUUAACUCACUCAUAUGAACUGAUAAGCAGUGAGUCAGUGUGCAAUUAUGUUUCAAAACACUCCUAUCCAGAACACAUUUGACAUAUGUUUUUAUGUCCAUAGCCUACAAAAUGUGAUGUAAUUUCCACCAGCAAAUUAUUUCUGUGAAAUGAUAUUAUAGCUGCUAGGUGUGUGAUAAAAUAUUGUUUAUCACAAACACAACGUUUUUUUCCUGCUAAAAACCUGUUUUACCUUUGUCAUUAUGGGUUAUUGUGUGUAGAUUUAUGAGUUUAUCAAUUUUAGAAUAAGGCUGUAACAUAACAAAAUGUGGAUAAAGUCAAGGGGUCUGAAUACUUUCCAAAUGCACUGUAUUUCCUACUGAAGUGGCAUUGGAGAAGCCUUGCAAAGGAAGUAUAGACCACAAACACAACUUCAUCAGUUUCCAGAACCAUGUUUCCAGUAACGCUGUGUGACAUGCAAAUUCAGUAUCUUAGCAGGUGUCUGUCAUACACAAAACAGAAAUGACAAAAAUAUCAAUCUGGAAGAACAAACUGGUCUCUCGCCAGAUUCAUAACAAUAGAAGACACCAGGGUUUUCUACCACAUGCUGUUUGUUAUCUGUUCCCAAUUUAACAUGUUUACCACAGAAAUCAUUAAAUAGCAACAAUGUGAAAUCAAAUCUGGGCCCCACAUUAGGUGGACUGUCCAUACAAUUAAGGCAACAGAAUCAAAUCAAAGUUUAUUUGUCACGUGCGUCAAAUACAACAGGUGUAGUAGACCUUACAGUGAAAUGCUUACUUACAGGCUCUAUCUAACCAAUGGUGCGAGAACAAAAAGGUGUGUGUGUGUGUGUGUGUAGGUAAGUAAGUAAAGAAAUAAAACAACAGUAAAAAGACAUUUGAAAAAAAGAGUAGAAAGGCUAUAUACAGACACCGGUUAGUCAGGCUUAUUGAGGUAGUAUGUACAUGUAGGUAUGGUUAAAAUGAUUAUGCAUAUAUGAACAGAGAGUAGCAGAAGCGUAAAAAGAGGGGUUAGCGGGUGAUGGGACACAAUGCAGAUAGCCCAGUUAGCCAAUGUGCGGGAGCACUGGUUGGUCGGGCCAAUUGAGGUAGUAUGUACAUGAAUGUAUAGUUAAAGUGACUAUGCAUAUAAGAUAAACAGAGAGUAGCAGCAGCGUAAAAGAGGGGUUGGGGGGGGCACACAAUGCAAAUAGUCCGGGUAACCAUUUGGUUACCUGUUCAGGAGUCUUAUGGCUUGGGGGUAAAAACUGUUGAGAAGUCUUUUUGCACAACAGAGUAGUGAAAACAAUUAGCUCUUUAGAUAUACCUCCCCCUGCUGUCAGUUACUGCCUUGAGCAUGAGUUACCAUGAAUAUCUCAAUCCCACAAAAUGUUAAAUACCUUAUCUAUCCACCAUCAAUACAUCCAUCUACCUAUCUAAAGAUAUUACACCUUUUAUCACAUAUUUAUACAUCCAUUUUUCAGAUGCUUCUCUUUUUUGGGGCAUAGCAUUGGCACAGGUUUGUGUUUCAGCUUUGAGGGAAGGGGCUGGGGGGGGGGGUGUAAAGUGAAGUGGAGAUGAAGUCGGGGUCAGGGGCAAAGUUAUCUCUAUUUAAAUAAAAUUGAAAAGCUACGGAACCAUUUGAGUUAUUUUUGUGAUUACAUGUCUCUAUGUACAGGGAAGCCUGUGAGUACAUGUAUCUAUGUACAGGGAAGCCUGUGAUUACAUGUCUCUAUGUACAGGGAAGCCUGUGAUUACAUGUAUCUAUGUACAGGGAAGCCUGUGAGUACAUGUAUCUAUGUACAGGGAAGCCUGUGAGUACAUGUAUCUAUGUACAGGGAAGCCUGUGAGUACAUGUAUCUAUGUACAGGGAAGGGAAGCCUGUUGUAGCUGAUGUAUUUAUGUAACUAGAUUAAUGUAAACAAUAUCUGAGGAGCAGGACACAGAAAUCUGCCAAAAUGUCAUUUAAUCCAUGCUUUUUCACUGAGGCUCAACUUCAAGGUUUUUUUUCAGGGUUUAGCUGGCAAUAACAACAUAUUCCCACACACCCAUUGCCCUGGUAUACCCUCUUCAAUGGUUUCCUUGGUUACUUUACAGCCAAUUUAUUUCCACUACUCUGAAUAGUGGGUGAAACAGCAUAUUGUUUCAUUGUGCAUGGACUGCUGCGCCUGUAGCUCUUUAGCCUUGUGUGUCUGUGGGAAAAAGAAAAAACAUUUGAUUUUUUUUUACCAGUAUUGGUACUUUUAGCAUGUUAGUGACUGAUGUGGUUGACAGUGGUUUAUGCAUUUAAUUCCCAGUGAGAAUUCUAAAAGCACACUCAUUUGAGUAGGGACAUCUGGCCAGUGGCUACUAAAGACUACAAAAACUGGAAAGUAACAGACACACAACUGCUUUUCUCUGUAGGCUAUAGCUUUCAUUGUAUUGUAUUGUAUCCAUUGUAUUGUAUUGUAUUCAUUGUAUUGUUAUGUCAUGUACAGUACAGUGGGUUUAGCGGCUAAACAAGGCAUUCAAAAUAAGAAGAACCGUACCAACAUGUUCAAUAGGGGAUAAUUUAUUUAAAAAUAUAUAAUUGAUUUUAGAUUAUCCGCAAGUGGACAGUGGAUAAAACGUUUAAACAACAAUGGGGGGGGAAAUGACCUAUCCCUUUUUGCAUUUGACCCAUCCCUGGUGAAAAAUGUGAGGAACGCGGGCGUUCCAGAUGUGCGCUUUAACUACGCCCACGCGCAAGGACGUGGGCACGCAACGUCUCUGGAGGGAAAGCGGAGCUGAAGAGCGAAACAUGGCGACAUCGAAUAAUCCGCGGAAAUUUAGCGAGAAAAUCGCUUUGCAUAAUCAGAAACAGGCAGAAGAGACAGCAGCAUUCGAGGAAGUGAUGAAAGAUUUGAGUAUUACCCGAGCAGCGAGGUUACAGAAGACCCAGUAUUUACAGUUGGGACAAAACCGUGGGCAGUAUUAUGGCGGAUCAUUGCCAAAUGUCAAUCAGAUUGGAAAUGGCACCAUUGACAUGCCUUUUCAGACUCCCUUUCAAGGUUCAGGUGACACCAGCAGGACAACACGGCAUCAUGGAUUGGUUGACAGAGUUUACCGGGACAGAAACCGCAUCACAUCUCCACACGGAAGGCCCCUCGACAAACAUGGACGCCAAAUUGAUAGCUGUCCGUAUGGCUCGGUGUAUCUGUCACCCCCACCCGACACCAGCUGGAGGAGGACAAACUCGGACUCUGCAUUGCAUCAGAGCACUUUGAACCCGCAGGAUAUUUUUGCAGGAGGCUCACAGGACUUGCAGCUUAAACGAGUGCUUCUGCUUCAUGUACCAGGGCCAGAAGACACAGAAUCAGAUAUGGACAAAGAUGAACAAAAACAGAACUGGGAUGGCAAAAAGAAUGUCUCAUCGAGGUCCAAGGUCCCAGGAAUCAACAUAUUCCCGUCUCCAGAUCAGGAGCUGACCGUGUCACUGAUGCCUUCAGCCCAAAACACGGGCGGCGGCUCCCUGCCUGAUCUGACCAACAUCCAGUUCCCCCCUCCGCUGCCCACCCCCCUGGACCCCGAGGACUCUACCCUCAGCGCCUACAAUAGCACGGGAAACCUGGCCACCAGCCACUCAUACAGCUUCAGUUCCACCAGCCAAGCAGGACAGACCACAGCCCAGCAGGGCAGGCAGGACAACAACAUGGUCAACCAGGACUCCCACCAGCACCAGUCCCUACAGCUCUCCCCCACCCUGUCGCCACCCCUCACCCUCGCCCAGGCGGAGACCAUAGACGCCAUGACACUGGAGGCACAGUUGUCCCAGUACACGUUCUUCAGCCAGCCCUCUUCUCAACAACAACAACAGCAGCAGCAGACCACUCAAGGACUGACCAGGCUGGUCCAGCUCCCCUCCCCUCUAAACACCUCUUCCAGCCAGACACAGAACUCCAUGGAUAUGAACUCUCACCACUCCAUAUUGGGUAGUGUAUUUGCUGACUUCUAUGACCAGCAACUCACAUCCAGACAGACCAGUGCUCUCUCCCAACAGCUGGAGCAGUUCAACAUGACAGACAACAACAGUCUGUACAGCCAGGGCUCCACCCUCAACUACUCCCAAGCAGCCAUGAUAGGUUUGAUGGGUAGCCACGGCAACCUGCAAGAUUCCCAGCAGCUGGGCUACAGUAGCCAUGGCAACAUCCCCAACAUCAUUCUCACAGUCUGA